CGCGAGAAUGUGCACAAUGCUACAUGACGACCUGAGUUUUGGUUUUUCCAUUGCAGUACCUAGAUAAACCUUGUGCCGCGGUCACUUCAUGCUUGUCGCCAAAUUUAUUCAUCACGGCCACCACAGCACCUUCAACAUCACUAACAGCAGCAACAACAACGACCACAACGACCGCCAGCAUCAGCACCACCAUCGCGAAUCGUUUGGCGCAACGACGCAGCGCCGGACUCCAUGACUUUGCUUCGACACUUCAACAACACCACCACCAACAGUGACUAACAAAAUCGCACAAAAAUGCCGGAGAGCGAUAAUUAUGAAGUUUUGGAGAAGAUAGGCCACGGCUCCUUUGGCGUCAUCCGCAAGGUGCGCCGCAAGUCCGAUGGCAUGGUCGUCUGCCGAAAAGAAAUCAGCUACCUCAAGAUGUCGCAAAAGGAGCGUGAGCAACUGCACGCCGAGUUCCAGAUCCUAUCCACCCUCCACCACGAAAACAUUGUCGGUUACUUCCACCGCGAACACCUCAAGUCAUCACAAGACCUCUACCUGUACAUGGAGUACUGCGGCAACGGCGACCUGGGACGGGUGAUUCGGGAUCUCCAGACCAAGAACCAGUAUGCCGAGGAGUCGUUUGUUUGGAGCAUAUUUUCGCAGCUUGUCACGGCGCUGUACCGGUGCCACUACGGUAUCAACCCGCCAGAGGUUGGAAAGUCUCUGUUUGGCCCGGUCAAGUCAACAAAGCCCGUCAUACCACCUGGAACCAUGACCAUCCUGCAUAGAGAUCUCAAGCCCGAGAAUGUCUUUCUUGGAGAGGGGAACCUGGUCAAGCUUGGCGACUUUGGUCUUGCCAAGAUGAUUCAAUCACAAGACUUUGCAUCAACCUACGUCGGCACACCGUUUUACAUGUCACCCGAAAUCUGCGCCGCUGAGAAGUACACUCUCAAGUCAGAUAUAUGGUCGCUGGGCUGCAUCAUCUACGAGCUCUGCACACGAGAGCCCCCUUUCAACGCCAAGACCCACGUCCAGCUGGUGCAGAGGAUCAGGGAGGGCAAGAUUAGCCCGAUACCAAAGCACUACUCCCCCGACUUGAUGGAGGUUAUCAAGGAGUGCCUGCGCGUAAACCCGGAGCGAAGGCCAGACACGGCAACAUUGCUGCAUCUGCCGCACGUCAAGAUGAUGCGCAAGGAGAAGGAGUUGGUGGACUGCAACAGGAUGCUCAAGCAAAAGCAAGAGGCCAUCCGCAAAGAGCUCAAUGCCUCGCUGCAUCGCGAGUGGGAAGUCAAAGCCCGCUUGGAAAUCGACCGCAUCCUCAAGGAGGAGAUAGCAGGGCUGGAGAAGAGAUUCGAGGCGGAGGUCCAGAAGAGGAUAGAAGAAGACCGUCAGAAGAGGCCCGAGAUGGACUACCAGAAACGAUUUGAGAUGGACUACCAAAAGAGGUUCGAGGCCGACUACCAAAAACGAUUCGACCUCGAGUUUCCUAAGAAAUUAGAAGAGGAGAUGCGGAGAAGGUAUCCAGACACUCCUGGAUCAAAGAUGGACCUGUCUUGGUCAGUCCCCAAGCCAAAAGCCUCAAAAUCUCAGUCUUCUGUCGAGGAAGUCAGCGCAGACGGCGAUGAGUCUUCCGGACCCGAUCAACCAGACCUGUCAGGAACCAGCCCAGACUCGUCAUUCAGCAACAGCAACCACAACGAACCUAAGAGGAGGCCGAGAACUCCCUAUAAGCGUGCUCAGACCAUGUACGCUGGAGGCGGUAGAGCCGCCGGCACGCCGAUGGACAUUGAAAUGGUCAGCCCCUCUCCUAUCGCCAUAGCAUCGCUCUCGCUGUCACCGAGAAGACACGCCGCAACGACCGGAUCUCCCACAAAGAACCCCUUCAGCAAGCGCAACAAUGUGCAGGGCCGCACCCUCGUGGAGCUGUCUAAGGCCAGGGCCAGCGGGCGACCACUGUUUGAUAAGAGCAACCUGAUCAGCCGGUCGGAGCCGGUCGCGACCUGGAACCCCGAGAUCGACGAGAUGCCGAGCCCGUUUUUGGUCAGGCGAAAGGGUGUCAUGCCGCCCGUCUCCGCUGGUCGUUGACGGGUUUCUUCUCGAAUUUUAAUGUCAGAUUUCUUGUUAUAAUAGAUGAUAAUUUAACGAUCUCCAUGACCAAAGCGCUCAUCUCCUUCAUAUCGGUGCCCAAUCGUCAGGUUUAUCUUGAUGAUGCCUGAAGUUGUUGACGCCUCUGGCUUCGAAGCUCUGCCACCACCGGGCGCCGGCACCAGCCUUUCUCUCACUGCUAUUUGUCACGAUGGGCUCAGUGGCCUAUCCCCCUCAUUUUGACUGGAGCGCCAAAAAAAACCAUCUGCCGAACCCAAACGUCAUUAGGCAUACAGGUUCAAACCUCCGACUUGAGCCGUAUGUGGCUGAAACUGAGGAGGGCUCGAGGCAAAAGGGCGAUAUAUUGGUCGUCAUAUAGCCCGCAUAAGCCCCAUGAUGCGAUACGGGCGUCAUCAACGGCCCGACUGGGACCCGAGAAGAAACUAUUCUGAGGCGUACAGUCCUGUGGGCAAACGUCUAGAUCACCGACGAGGUUUCUUUUCUUCUGUACCACACAAAUCAAGUCUUGGAAGACGGUCAAAGAAGCCAAGGGGUGGCUGUUUGGUUUACUUUUUUUUCAGUCACAUUGUUUCAUUUCAUCCUUUUUUUCUUCUUUUUUUACCACCAAGGCAAGGCAGAAUCCUUUGCCAGCCUUGAAUGGAAGCGCUCAGGGGAUAUACGGAGUACGGAGUACGGAAUACUAGAGAGUGUCAGGGGUAGAACACAAGGCUGAGAAGGAAAAUAAGGGGGAGCUUGGCCUAGCUUGUUUUUUUUGUUUUUUAUUUUACAAACCUUUUCUGUCUAUCGCAGUCACCUCGAGAAGCAACCGGGCACCGGACGCGGUUGCGUCUCAUUCCGUAGCGUUGGCGACAGAAGCUAGCUUGCUGCAAUCCAACGCUGAGCAAGCACUUACAAAGCAGGGCUAAUCAACAAAAAUCGACUCA